CAAAUAAAAGCACCUCAUCGUCUUCCGCCUCUCUAGAACUCUCUAGCUUCAUCGCUCGCUUUCUAAUUUCUUCCAUUUUUACUACCUUUCCACUCAUGUCUCGAAUUUUCUUCAUUUCUCCUAAAUCCCCUCCCCCCUUUUGUAUAUAUACCUCACCGGGUUCCCUUUGCUAAAUCAUCAGCCAACAUUACUCAUACAUCUAAGCAAUCGAUUAAACCAGACAAGCUCUCUUAAAAAUCCCUUUAUUUUCCCUGUAUAAUUCUUGUUUCUUGUUUAACGCAUAAGAAUGGCGGCCAAAGCUGAAGGCAAGGCAAUUGGGAUUGAUCUCGGGACGACAUACAGUUGUGUUGGUGUAUGGCAGAAUGAUCGAGUGGAGAUUAUUGCCAACGACCAAGGUAACCGAACGACACCGUCUUACGUUGCUUUCACCGACACCGAGCGUCUCAUCGGUGAUGCUGCUAAAAACCAAGUCGCUAUGAACCCACAGAACACUGUUUUCGACGCUAAACGUCUAAUCGGUCGUCGAUUCUCUGACCCAGCGGUGCAAGCCGAUAUGAAGCAUUGGCCUUUCAGGGUUGUUGCCGGCCCUGGUGAUAAGCCGAUGAUCGUCGUUAAUUACAAGGGUGAAGAGAAGCAGUUCGCUCCUGAAGAAAUUUCUUCCAUGGUGUUAGUCAAGAUGAAGGAGGUUGCCGAGGCCUAUAUGGGUCAAACCGUGAAAAACGCUGUUAUCACCGUGCCUGCUUAUUUCAAUGAUUCCCAAAGGCAAGCUACAAAAGAUGCCGGAUCCAUUUCCGGGCUUAAUAUUUUAAGGAUUAUCAAUGAGCCAACGGCUGCUGCAAUUGCGUAUGGCUUGGACAAGAAGGCAUCAAGGUCCGGCGAGAAGAACGUAUUGAUUUUCGAUCUGGGUGGUGGCACUUUCGAUGUUUCAUUGUUGACGAUUGAAGAAGGUAUAUUUGAAGUUAAAGCCACCGCUGGUGAUACUCAUCUUGGUGGUGAAGAUUUCGACAACAGGCUUGUUAAUCAUUUCGUUCAAGAAUUCAAAAGGAAACAUAAGAAAGAUAUCAGCACCAAUGCAAGAGCUUUGAGGCGAUUAAGGACGGCAUGCGAAAGGGCUAAAAGGACUCUUUCAUCCACUGCUCAAACCACCAUUGAAAUUGAUUCACUCUAUGAAGGUAUUGAUUUCUAUUCCACUAUUACAAGAGCAAGGUUCGAGGAGUUGAACAUGGAUUUGUUUAGGAAAUGCAUGGAACCUGUUGAGAAAUGUCUACGAGAUUCCAAAAUCGACAAGAGUCAGGUCGAUGAAGUUGUUCUUGUUGGUGGAUCAACCAGGAUUCCUAAAGUUCAGCAACUUUUACAAGAUUUCUUCAAUGGCAAGGAACUUUGCAAAAGCAUAAAUCCCGAUGAAGCUGUUGCUUAUGGUGCUGCUGUUCAAGCUGCUAUUUUAAGCGGUGAAGGGAACGAAAAGGUCCAAGAUUUGUUGCUUCUUGAUGUUACUCCUCUCAGCCUUGGUCUUGAAACUGCUGGUGGAGUGAUGACGGUGUUGAUUCCAAGGAACACAACGAUUCCAACAAAGAAGGAACAGAUUUUCUCUACAUAUUCUGAUAAUCAGCCUGGGGUUUUGAUUCAGGUAUAUGAAGGUGAAAGGGCUCGAACCAAAGACAACAAUUUGCUCGGCAAGUUCGAGCUGACAGGGAUCCCACCAGCACCAAGAGGCGUUCCACAAAUCAAUGUCUGUUUCGACAUUGAUGCAAAUGGUAUCUUGAACGUGUCUGCUGAAGAUAAGACUGCAGGUGUAAAGAACAAGAUAACAAUUACAAAUGAUAAGGGAAGAUUGAGCAAGGAAGAGAUUGAAAGAAUGGUACAAGAAGCAGAGAGGUAUAAAGCAGAGGAUGAGGAAGUGAAGAAGAAGGUGGAAGCUAAGAAUGGGCUUGAGAAUUAUGCUUACAAUAUGAGGAACACUGUGAAAGAUGACAAGUUUGCUGGGAAACUCGACCCUGCAGAGAAGCAGAAGAUUGAGAAAGCCAUUGACGAUACAAUUGAAUGGCUUGAUGGGAACCAGCUGGCUGAAGUUGAUGAAUUUGAGGACAAGUUGAAGGAAUUGGAAGGUAUUUGCAAUCCCAUCAUUGCAAAGAUGUAUCAAGGAGGUGCUGGAGGUGAUGUGCCAAUGGGUGGUGGUGCUGAGACGCCUAACGGUGGUGGGUCUGGUGGGUCUGGUGCGGGGCCCAAAAUUGAGGAAGUGGAUUAAGUUCCAUGGCUUUUCUUCUGUAUAUUAAAUUGCCUGCUGUUGUCUCUGUUCUUUUUUUGUGUGUGUGUACCUUGGUUUGGCUUGUAUUACGUGAUGGAUGCGAUAGGUGAGGUUUUUAAGAUGUUGCAAUAAAAACUUGAAAUUUCAUUCA